GGGUAGGAAACUGGUUUAUAAAUCCAUAUAUCCCUAAUUUUUGCUCCCAUUCUCAUUAUAUAAAACGUACCAGCUCGGUUCUAAAAAAAAAAAAAAAAAAAAAAGGUACCAGCUAGGCCUGUCAAACGCAAAAACAAAAACAAACGAUUGGGUAAUAAAAACGCUCCGCCGGUUCAACGAUUCAGAAACAAAAGCCUGUUUGACAAGAAAACCUUAUCAGUGGAUCCUUUUACAAGAAAAACAACCCUUUAAAGCUCAAAUUUACUCUCUUCAAUCAAUCACACGCUCUCUCAUCAACCAUGACUCAAUUCCCAUCGAAUCUUCCCCAAAUCCCCUUAUCCUUCUCCGCCGCCGUCCUCGUCCUCGUCAUCUUGUUGGGCCCACUACCAGCCCGAACCGACGCCCGAAAGGCCCAUGUCAUCAACUUCCGAUCCCCAAAUCUUUACCCGGAGGGCAUCGCGUGGGACCCCUCGGCCCAGCACUUUCUCGUCGGCUCCCUAACCGACCGCAAAAUCGUCUCCGUCUCCGACGCCGGCGUCGCCGAAACCCUACUCUCCGACACCGACCUCCCUGAGAACGUCACCAUCCUCGGCAUCGCCGUCGACUCCCUCAACAACCGCCUCCUUGCCGCUGUCCACGCCAUGGAACCCCUCCCUCACUUCAACGCCCUCGCCGCCUACGACCUUCGCACGCGCCGCCGCCUCUUCCUCUCCCCCCUCCACGGCGCCGAAAACGACACCGUCCGGCAGAUCGCCAACGACGUCGCCGUCGACUUCAAGGGAAACGCCUACGUCACGAACUCCGCCGGGAACCUCAUCUGGAAGGUGAACGACAAAGGAGAGGCCUCGAUCUUCUCCCGAUCACCGGCGUUCUCCGCCCACGACGUCGAUCGCGACUCGCCAUUCGCGUUCUGCGGCCUCAACGGCGUCGCUUACGUCAGCAAGGGUUACCUCCUGGUGGUCCAGAGCAACACCGGGAAGAUGUUUAAGGUCAGCGAGGGCGACGGCGCCGCCAGGCUCGUCCUCCUGAACAAGGACCUGCCGCUCGCCGACGGGAUCGCCGUCCGCGGCGACGGCGCCGUUUUGGUCGUCUCGCCGAAUAAGCUUUGGUUGCUGAAGAGCCACGACAGCUGGGGGGAAGGGGUAAUUUAUGACGAAAUUGCCCUUGAUGAGGAGAGAUUUCCGACUUCGGUGACCGUGGGUGGCGACGGGAGGGCGUAUGUGUUAUAUGGGCAUGUUUUGGAGGGCAUUAUGGGGAAUUCGGAUAGGGAGGUGUUUGGGAUAGAGGAAGUGAGAUCGGAGAAGGAGAACAAGGAAGAGAGUGUUUGGAUAUUCGUUUUGGUUGGACUCGGGUUGGCUUAUUUUCUGUUUUGGAGAUUCCAGAUGCGGAAACUUAUCGCCAACAUGGACAAGAAGACAAACUGAUUUUUUUUUCCUUUAAGUUUAAUUUUGCGACACGUCGUUUUUAAUUUAUAGUGCUUGUGACUGAUUGUGUUGGUUACUAUUUAGGUUGUUAUGUGCGUAUUCCAAUUGAGAAAUGUGUAACCAAGUUUAAGAAUUUCUAGUCGCA